AUGGAGGAAAGGAAACAACAGAAUGCAAUAGAACCUUGUGAUGGUUCUUGGGCUUCUCCUGUUGUUCUUGUUCCCAAAAAAGGUGAUGACAUGAAAUUCGUCAAAGAUUUUGCUACUAUUGCAAAACCUUUAUAUCUUAUUUGUCAGGAAAAGAAAGAUUUUAUUUGGGAUAAUUCAGAACGAAAAAUUAUCGCUUACUUUAGCAAAACUUUAAAUAAUCGUGAACGUAACUACUGUGGUACAAAGAAAGAAUUAUUAGCUGUUGUUAUUUCUGUUGAAGAUUUUCGUCAUUGUCUUCUUGGCAAGAGGUUCACUAUUAAAACUGAUCAUGCAUCUCUCACUUGGUUACUUCGUUCCAAAAAUCCUCCAGAUCAAAUUAUUCCUCAUUCUAAGGCAAUUCCUCUGCCUAAUCAUCAGGCUUCUACUAUUGCUGAGGCUUUAGUAACUCAAAUAUUUUGUAGAUAUGGUGUUGCUAUUGAAAUUCAUUCCGAUCAGGAUCGAGAAUUUGAAUCUGAAAUUUUCAAGGAGGUCAUGAGUCUUUUUGGUAUUAAGAAGACAAGAACCACACCUCUUUAUCCUCGAUCAAAUGGUUUAGUUAAAAGGUUAUCGACGUCAUGUAUGAGUGAAAAAGAAACACUGGCAUGUUUUGCAGGAACAUUCGAAAAAUUCAUAGAAAUACUUAUUUCUUCCAAGGAUACGCCUUACUUCCCAGGCAAUUUUAGAGGAUGUGAUAAUUGUGUCACAAAGUGCGUUGUUGUAUUUUCAGGAAAAUAA